CACCUGUAUUCUAUCUGUUCUUUUUAAAAUUAAAUAAUUAAAUAAAUCAAUUUUCUUAGCUUGCCCACCGCGCUUACUUUCUUACCACUUGUCACGCAACUUCCCUCAAAUUCUCACGCCUUAUAAACCCCUUCCCACACUUCACUCCAACUCAAUUUACCCAAACCAAAAAUCUCACUCUUCCACACUUUCUCAAAACAUGGCUCUUGAAGCUCUCAACUCACCAACCACCACUGCCCCAUCCUUCCCCUUUGACGACCCAACAAUCCCAUGGGCAAAGCGGAAGCGUUCAAAGCGUUCCCGUGACCACCCUUCCGAAGAAGAGUACCUUGCUCUCUGCCUCAUCAUGCUCGCUCGCAGCGGCGGCGCCACCGUCUCCAAUCACCGCCACACCGCCACUCCUCCGCCCGAAUCACCGGAUCCCGCCACUGCCGCCGCUAAACUCAGUUACAAAUGUUCCGUUUGUAACAAAGCCUUCCCCUCUUACCAAGCCCUUGGUGGACACAAGGCCAGUCACCGGAAACUCGCCGGCGAAGAUCAGUCCACCUCCUCCGCCGCCACCGCCACCAGUUCCGCCACGACAACCACCAACGGCGGAGGUAGGGCCCACGAGUGUUCCAUCUGUCACAAGUCCUUUCCCACUGGACAGGCCUUGGGUGGACACAAACGUUGUCACUACGAAGGCGGUGCUGGUAACAGCGCUGUAACCGCCUCUGAGGGUGUGGGCUCCACACACACCGUUAGUCACAGUCACCGUGACUUCGAUCUUAACGUCCCUGCUUUGCCGGAUUUUUCGACAAAGGUUGGAGAAGACGAGGUUGAGAGUCCUCACCCUGUGAUGAAGAAGCCUCGUCUCUUUUUCAUUCCAAAGAUCGAAAUCCCUCAAUUCCAUUGAAGUCGUUGAAUUUUAGAUUAGUGAAAAGUGAAAACUUCCUUAGUGACGUAGCGUCGGUCAUAUAUGAUUUUUGCUUCGUUUAGUUUUUGGAUUAUUUUGGAAAAUUUUGAGUUAUUUAUCUUAUUUGUUUCUGUACAUAGUACUUGGAACAAGUCUUGUUUAGAUUAUUGUACUUUGACAGUGGCAAAUUGGAAAUUCAAUUUAUUUGUUUAUUUCUUUGGUGAUUUUAUUUGUGAAAAUUUUAUUAUUAUGAAGUUAUAAUAAUGAAUGAGUGGUGGCGGUGGAGUGAUCAUCAUGAAACGGCAGAGGCGCGUGGUGAGUGGUGGUGGCAGUGGCUGUUUGAUUUCAGUUGAAUGUUGAAACCAGUAGCGCAUCUUUUUUGUCUGGGUGUCGUUGACGGUUUUUACUGUUGGAACACUUCACACACUACUGGUUCCUUUUCUUUUACGCCCAUAAUAUUCAAUACCUUUUUAAUUUAUACAUUUACACGUCACUGCACUUUAUAUUUAAACAAUUUUGGUGUUUAAUUGGAGUUAAAUUAAUUAAAUAGUGUUU